AUGUGGGGCCUCCGGGCCCUCGUGGCCACUCUCUGCUGGCUCCUGGCAUCGCCCGAGCGCACGGAGUUCAGCUGGCACCUGGGCCAUGGCGCCAGCUUCUUGCUGCAGCGGACCAACCUGGCGCCGGAGGCGCCCGCGGUGCCGCAGGAGGCCCAACACGGCCGAGCCCUGCACUGUCGUGAGGGCCGCCUCGAGUUGUCCGGGGAUUACGAGGUCCGGGAGAGGCUCGUGCUGCAGGGCCCCUGCAAUGUCAGCGCGACCCGCGCGAAGCUGCGGCUCCGGGCCCCCGUGGUCUUCAACGGCAGCGUCGCCCUCAGCGGAAGCCUGAGCGUUGAGGCGAAGGAGGCGGCGUUCCAGGAAGCCUGCGUCUCCGUCAAGGGCACACUGCUCCUGAACGCCGGCGCCUUUUCCUGGGCAUGGAGGGGUGCCGGACAAAAAGUUCAGGAGGUCAAAAAGGAGCAGGCCUCAACGUGA